GCCCCCAACUCUCCUGCUACCUCCAGAUGCACCCCAAGCUCUGCUCCAGUCUUUCAUGAUUAAGUUUAGACCCUCCUGUGGUCAGCUGGUCUGCAGCCUGGAGCUUGCAAAGCUGACUUGCAUCUAGAAAGUCUUCCUCACAGGAAACCAGACGCUAUUGGCUAACUUUGCAAUAAAGAUGCCUUCAGAGAGAGAGAAAAGGAAACACUUGUCACUGGUGGAGUCUGCGUGGGACAAGAGGCUGAGUGGCAUAUCCUGAGGUUCUGUUCCUGUCUGCCCCAGGCCUUCACCAUGCCCACUUCCCACCCUGAAUCCAACGAAGUGUACUUUGAGUAUGAUGAGUCUGCAGAAGCCUGUGAAGUGGGAGACAUUGUAGCCUUCGGGACGAUCUUCUUAUCCAUAUUUUAUUCUCUUGUCUUUGCCUUUGGUCUGGUGGGAAAUCUGUUGGUGGUGUUCGCUCUCACCAAGAGCCAGAAACCAAAGAGCGUCACUGACAUUUACCUCCUGAACCUGGCCUUGUCUGAUCUGCUCUUCGUGGCCACAUUACCCUUCUGGACUCACUACGUGAUCAACGAAGAAGGCCUCCACAAUGCAACAUGCAAAAUCAUGACUGCCUUCUUCUUCAUUGGCUUCUUUGGAGGUAUAUUCUUUAUCACCAUUAUCAGCAUUGACAGGUACCUGGCCAUCGUCUUGGCAGUCAACUCCAUGAACAACCGGACUGUGCAGCAUGGCGUCACCAUCAGCCUCGGUGUCUGGGCAGCAGCCAUCCUGGUGGCAGCACCCCAGUUCAUGUUCACAAAGCAGAAAGAAAAAGAAUGCCUGGGUGACUACCCUGACAUCCUCCAGGACAUCUGGCCUGUACUCCGCAAUGUGGAAGCAAAUGUUUUUGGCUUCCUCCUGCCCCUGCUCAUCAUGAGCUUCUGCUACUUCAGAAUCAUCCAAACACUGUUUUACUGCAAGAAUCAGAAGAAAUCUAGAGCCAUCAAACUCAUCUUAUUGGUGGUCAUCGUGUUUUUCCUCUUCUGGACACCCUACAAUGUUGCAGUUUUCCUGGAAACGCUCAAACUCUACCACUUCUUCCCCAGUUGUGACCUGAAGAGGAAUCUGAAGUUGGCCCUCAACGUGACCGAGACUUUGGCAUUUAGCCACUGUUGCCUCAACCCCUUUAUCUAUGCAUUUGCUGGAGAGAAGUUCAGAAAAUACCUUUCCCACCUGUACAGGAAAUGCAGGGCGGUCCUGUGCGGCCCUUCAGUUCAUGUCAGUUUCUCCAUAUCAGAGUCACAAAGGAGCAGGCAGGGGAGCAUCGUGAGCAGCAGUUUCACUCACUACACGAGCGAUGGAGACACGUCCAUCCUUCUCUGAAGGCCUCCCUAAAGCCUGUCUCCUUACAAAUGCAAAGUUCCUGAAUCUGACAUUGAGUAAAGAAGAUCAAUUUUUGUUGUUGCUUCUGACAUGGAAGAAAUAUGGACUCGAUACUAACAACACAACCUGAGUCUUUCUGAGA